GUACUCUCAACUAUGAUCAAUCUGCGGCGUCGUCGUUAAAGAGAGAAACUUUGUCAGUGUUGUUCAAUGCCUUCUAUUUGAUCGUUCAAAGCUCGAAUUGUACUCUCAGAAAACAAAACAAAUACAUAAGACAAAACAGCAUCCGUCACCAACCAAAAGAAAAAAAAAAUACUGAGUUGUUUCAAUAACCAUUUUCUGUGUGCUGAUUAAUUUCAGAGGUUGAAUUGAUCUCUUAGGAAAUUUGUCUCUCUAUGUCUUCUGAUCUCUAUGCUUUUGACACUACCUUAUACUCACAUUCAAACUCAGACUUGGUUUCCUCUGAUGGAGUUAGAGACCUUCCUUUAAUCUCAGAAUCUUUUCCUUUCUUUGCCAAUUCUCAAGAGAAUUGCAAUAAUAAUGCUCUUUCUAACGCUCUCGACCCAUUUUCCCCUUCUUUUUUCUCUUUCUCCCCUCCAAGUUCCCACUUGGAAAGCCUUAGUCUUUAUCAUGCUAACCGCUUGCAGUCUCUGUCAAAUGGCCAAAACUUGGCAAAUGAAUUUGGGAGUUUCUCAGCUUUUGAUGGGUCAGAAAUGAAAACUGAGGAAUGCCAAAUGGGUGGUGAUUAUGCAUACAGUCAGCAACUCCUUCCUCACAGUUAUAGUGGUGCUGAGAAUUUUUCCAAGUACAUGCAGAGGAGCUUCAGCAGCAACUCAUACGAAGGGAAACCAGCUUACAGUGACCCUCGCGAGGAUUCUCCAAAAUUUCAAAGGCAUGAGAUGAGUUCCCCUGAAGACAACACUGUCUUUGGUGGACAAAUGAGAAGGGUUUGCAGCACAGGCGAUUUGCAGGAAUCGAACUUCAAAGUAGGGCGUUACAGUGCGGAGGAAAGAAAAGAAAGAAUUUCUAAAUACAGAGCCAAGAGAAACCAGAGGAACUUCAACAAAACCAUUAAGUAUGCAUGCCGAAAAACACUAGCAGAUAAUCGACCACGCAUUCGUGGCAGAUUUGCCCGCAACGACGAGUCCAGCGAGACUCUCAAGGUUUCAUGUUCUACCCGAGAUGAAGAUGAUGUCGAUUUCUGGAUUGAAGAGUUGCGAUUGCAUGAAGAGCAAGACGAUGUAACAGUGGGAGCAGAACAGUACUUGAGAAAUUAUGGAGCUAGCCAGUUUCAAUACGGUGGCUUUUGAGUUUUUGAGCACUGAAUUGAAGUAGCCUAUUUUUAUGAAAGAAGCCUUUAGGAAAGUUCAGGCUCAUUGCAGUGAUCAAGGAAGUAAUUUUAGUUGCAGAUGACUUUUUUUUCUUCAUUUUUUAUGUUUAAUAAAAUAAAAUAUAUCGAUAAGUCCGUGUACGUGGAAUCUGAGAUGUUCCGGAGGACAAACAUGAAAUUGGGUUGUUAGGCAAGGGUGCCCUAGUUAGAUUAGUUGUUGUAGUUGCACACUUGCACCCCUAUAUAUAUAUAUAUUAUUCCAAGUUAUGAUUUACCAAUUGAUUAGUGUAUGUGUGUAUAUAUAAAAAUCAUAUU